UUACCGAGUAAAAAAAAACUAUCGAAAUAAUUAAUUAUCGAAAUCAAUCAAAAAAUAUUGACUAGCUAUCUCAAUCACUUAUCGAAAUUGAGGUAGGUCUUCACAAGCUCUUAAUAAACUUUUUCACAAAUUAACAAAUUCAUUCGGUUUAAAUGGCUAACUUGAAUAGUUCUCUUUUACUGUGGAUUAUAAUUGCAAUAAGAAUUAUGACCUUGAAUCUUAAUUCGGCAAAUAUUUCCUUAGCUGAAGUGACAUUGGUCCUAGCUCGUGAAUAUUUAAGUUCUAUGACAUCAACCUUGGUAAUAGCUGAACACAGUAUAAUGCCUGAAUUGGGAAUUAAAAAUAUUCUUCUAAUGGAAUAUGUUCUUCAGCAUUUGAAUGAAAAAGUUGCAGUUCAACUUUAUAUGCAUGAUUACUCAGAUCAACCAUUGGAAUACUAUAUAUUUGUGGUAGAUUCUCUUGAGGCCUUCAAAGAAGUCUAUCAUAGUUUCAUGUACAAUUUUUAUGAGCGGCACUAUCGUUUUCUAAUCGUUUUGACCAAAUACACACCAGGUUUUCGAAAAGUCAUGGAAGAAAUCUUUAUCCUGUGUUACCAUUAUGAUGUGAUUGAUGCAAAUAUUAUUACCGAUCAUCCAAAACGAGGUGUCGCUAUGUAUACUUACUUUCUGUAUUCGGAAAAUGUUUGUCGGGGUUGCCUACCUGAGCUUUUAUACAGUUUCAAUGAUGGUUUUGGAAAUUUAAAGAAAUUAUUCCCAGAAAAACUAAAUAACUUUCACAGAUGUCCCAUUAAAGUAACGAGUCGAUAUUUGCCACCAUUUUUCACAUUAAUUGGAAAUACGAGUGACCCUCAGCCAAUUGGAAAUUGGGAAAAUCUUUCUGGAAUUGAAGGGACUUUAUUGAAAUUCCUAGCAGAGGCAUUAAAUUUUACAAUUGACUUGAGACCUUUACCAGCAGAAAGAAGUUAUGUUAAAAAUAACCAGUCAUAUGGUUGUUUUAAACAGUUAGAAGGUUUUAAAGUAGAUAUUGCAAUUGGGUGUUUCAUAGCUUCUGAUACAGCUCGAUCACUUUACUCACCCACCAGUCCACAUCAUCAUUCUCCAUAUAUGUAUCUAGUUAAGGGGAAGAGAAAUCUGAGCGCCUUUGGUCGACUUGGUCAGCCAUUUAGCAAUCAAUUGUGGAUUCUUGUGGCAGUAUUUUUCAUCAUGGGCAUUGUUUUCAUAUUAAGUUUGAAGCAUAAAGUUCGUCAAUUUGUAUUUGGAGAAGAAAACGAAAAUCCAGUGACAAACUUUGUGGCAAUAUUUCUCGGCUAUUCAGUUAUAAAAACACCUCGUCGUAAUUUUGCCCGUUUUAUUUUCUACAAAAUGCUUUCACUCACUCUAGUGUUGCGUAACGCAUAUCAAGGUUCACUUUAUGAUGCAUUUCGCAUGGAUAGAUUUGCCAGAUGUCCAACAGGAUAUGAUGAUCUCAUAAAAUGGAACUACACACUAAUACUUCCUCCUGAAACGGCAGCUUUAAAUUUAUUUUCAAAACAGCAAAUUAUAGUCGAAAGUGAUGGAUAUGAACCAAGACUUAAAUUAUUGGAAUCAUUGGAAGGAAAUUAUGCAACAGUUGUUGUACCAGAUGGUUAUAGUUAUUAUUUGGAAAAAUCCUUAAGAAAUGGAAGUGAUUUGUUUUUAAUUCCUGAAGCUAUUUAUAAUUAUCAAUUUGUAAUGUUUUUGCCAAAACAUUCAAUUUAUUUGAAUGUUUUUAAUAAGAAGUUGAAAGAAUUUGCUUGCGCAGGGAUAACGUCGAAAUUAAGUUCGAAUUUUACUUUAAAUCCAUUGGUGUUGCAGAAGCUGAUGGAAAAGCCUAGGAAUGUACCAUUGAGUAAUAAUCGUUUGUUGGCUAUGUAUGAGAUUUAUGGGAGUAUGAUAGUUAUAUCGGGGAUUGUGUUUGGAUUGGAAUUAUUGUCAGUGAAGUAUAGGAGACUGGAGAGAUUUAUUUUGCGAAUAAUCUGAAUGUAUUAUAAGAACGUUUUGAAUAAAAAAUUGUUUGAUAAA